AUGAAGUAUUUAUGUGUACUCGCAUGGCUAUCAGCCACACUUGCUGCUACAGUCACUUACAACUGGGACAUCAAUUGGGUAGAGGCAGCGCCUGAUGGGUUUAAAAGACCUGUUAUUGGUAUCAAUGGACAAUGGCCAUGCCCAACCAUUGAAGCAAAUCUAGGCGAUACUAUUAUUGUCCAUGUGUACAAUGGCCUUGUGAAUGAAACAACUGGUAUUCAUUUCCAUGGCCAGACACAGACUGGUACUGGUACCAUGGAUGGUCCUUCUGGAGUCAACCAAUGUUCGAUUCCUCCCGGUGGAACAUUCACGUAUAACUUUACGGCCAAUCCGGCAGGAAGCUUCUGGUACCACAGCCAUAACAAAGGGCAGUAUCCAGACGGUCUUCGGGGUCCAUUGAUCAUUCAUGACCCGAAAGACGUAUAUGCAGGGUCAUAUGAUGAAGAGUUGACUCUUACUCUUUCCGAUUGGUAUUACAAGCAGAUGCCAGUGAUGCUGCCGCUGUAUCUCAACCCAGAUAACUCCGCAGGUGUUGAACCAGCACCAAACUCAACCCUUGUGAAUGAUUCGCAAAAUAUAACUUUCGCCAUCACACCUGGAAAGACUUACAGGCUCCGGGUUAUCAGCGUUGGGAACUUUGUGGGACAGAUCUUCGAGGUAGAAGACCACGAGAUGACCAUCAUUGCCGUGGAUUCUGUUCCAGUCCAUCAAGCAUCUACAAGCAGCAUUUAUGUCUCGGUUGGUCAGCGAUUCGAUGUGCUCUUCACGGCCAAACCAACAGCAACCAAAAACUACUUCUUCAUAUCAAGUAUCGAUCAAUCAAUGAUCGGCGGGGACUUCGAAAUAACUUAUCCUAAUGCGUAUGGGUAUCUUGUUUAUAAUCCCAAACCUCCUUUGCCUGCGGUAUAUCAACCUACCUUCUCAUGGAUCGAUGACUUUACCCUCGUUCCAUACGAUAACGAACCGAUCUUGGGCACGGUGGACCAUCAAAUAGUCAUCAACAUGAAUUUUACGAAUGAUGCUUAUGAUAUCAACAGGGCUGUCAUCAAUGGUCAAACCUACGUUACCCAAAUAGUUCCAAGCUUAUACACGGUCUUAUCGGCUCCAGCAGUAGAUGUCAUGAAUCCCCUUAUUUAUGGAAAUGGUUCAAAUCCAUUCGUUGUUCAAUAUGACCAAGUUGUCGAAAUAGUCAUAAAUAAUUAUGACACAGGAAGUCAUCCGUGGUAUAUGCACGGUCACCAAUUCCAAGUGGUCUAUCGUGGUGCAAUGGACACUCCGUUCUGGGAUGGAACUCAACCAGUAUCAGCUAUCCCAGUUCGUCGAGAUGUGGUUAUGGUGAACACGAUGGCAUCCGCUGUGUGGCGCUUCAAAGCCAACAACCCAGGAGUAUUCCUGAUUCAUUGUCACAUUGAAUGGCACGUUGAAGCUGGUCUUCAAGCAACUCUAUUUGAAGCUCCAGAUCAUCUCCAGGGUGCCUUGACUAUUCCCGCGGAUCAUCUGAAGGUUUGUAAGACGGACAAUACACCGACUGUUGGCAACGCAGCAGGUAACUCGAAGAACUGGUUGGAUCUUGCUGGCGCCCCAGUAGUUGCUCCGAGAUAUGAUUAUGGUUCAUUGGUCACUCCGCCGGCAACUGCAAAGAUGCUUAGAUCAAGAGCUGAUAUGCGUGCGCGACAAGAGAUGUCUUCGUGGCCAUGA